AUGAGCUCCACAGCACCAAAGCCUAUCCUCAUAUCCGGUGCAGGCAUCGCCGCGCUCCUUCUAGCGCGCUCUCUUCACCGUCAGAAGAUCCCCUUCAUCGUUUACGAGCGUGAUGCAUCGAUCGUAUUCCGCGCACAAGGUUACCGCCUGCGUCUGUCAGCUAUUGGUAUCGAUGCCAUCGAGUCAGUGCUUGGCCCCGAGGGCUUUGCGAGAUUCUACGAUGCAUGCGGUAAAACAGGCGGUGCGGGAUUUGCAGCAAUAGACCCCCUCAGCGGUAAAACGUUGGGCACCGAUGCGCCGAGCGUGAGCAAGGAGGCAUUGACAAGUCGAGGAGGAAAGGUUGUAGGGAUAAGUCGCGGAGACAUGAGGAAAAUAUUCAUGGAGGGACUGGAAGAGCAUGUGCGGUGGAACCACCAGGUGACGGGAUACGAGAAGACUGAGAGUGGUGUGCGAUUGGUGUUCAGAGAUGGCAGUAAGAGCGAGGAAGGUAGUAUGAUAGUAGGUGGCGAAGGUGUAAAAAGUGCAGUCGCAGGUCAGCUCUCCAAUGGCGCUAUCAAAGUGUACGACCUAGGUUCCAGGGGUAUCCAUGGACAGGCACCUACAACAGCGUUCAAGGGUCUCGGCGAGGGCGUCUUUCGUCUCGUCGAUGAUACCACUCAACCAAAUGGAGGCAAAGUGUUCAUCAUCACAAAUGUGAGGGCGGAUGACAUGGACAACCCGGACAUCAACUUUGGUUGGACGAUGGGAGGCAGCCCAGGUGUCAUCAACGCACCCAACGACAACUACACCAUCAUCGGCAAGCCAGCAGCUGACAUCGCCAAGUCAUUGACUUCGCAUUGGCAUGAGCGUGUCAAACCACUGUUCGACAACAUGGUCGAGGACGAAGCUGCAUUUUGGAAAAUCACAUGCUCAAGCCCGGAGGGCGUCCCACAAUGGCCGAACGAGCCGCGUGUCACAGUGAUUGGGGAUGCUGUCCACGCCAUGACGCCUGCAGGAGGCAACGGAGCGAACACCGCUGUUCGGGACUCAGAUCUGCUCGGCAGAUUGAUUGGCGAAGCAUGGACACAGGGCAAAGGUGAUAGCUGGGAUGGUGUGACAGCGGCCUACGAAAAAGAAAUGCGAGAAUAUGGUAGCGCUGCAGUGAAGGAGAGCUUUGGGCAGGCAACAGGGCAGUUUGGAAUCAAGCUCGACCUUGCUACUGCUGCAACUGUCAACGAAUACGUUGCGCCAAACUGA